UCUCGGUGCUCGCUCGCGCAGUCCCAAGUCCGAGCCGACGCGCUGCGCUGCAAGUAUAAUACGCGGCUCACCUAUAUAACAGCACAACGCACACGCGCUCCGAUCGACCCUCGCGUGCAAACUUGAAUUUAUCGGCGUCGAUCCUUCAACGACUUUAUAGGGUAGCUCGUGUCGUCAUCGCUGGACGUACACCACUUGUUCCGAGGAAACUGCUUUAAAGCUCUCGUUUCGCGGACGCCUUCGAUUCUACGGUAUAAGAGUGAUUUUUGUCGAAAUUUUGGCAACUCGAAACCCGAGGAGUCGCUCACGCAGGGUGGCGUUGUCUUAGUAGCGAAACAGUGCGCAGUGACAGCGAGAAAGUGCCGAAGAUAGAUCCGGAGCAGGCUUAGACAUUAGCCGAAGAUUAGCGUGUCUGUGCGUGGCCGUGCGUGUUUGUGCCCGAGCAAUAAUGCCCCUGCACACGUGAGAGAAAAAGGAGCACAAUAAAAGGAAGAAGAAGAAGUAGUAGAAGGAAGGAGCGUGCGAGCGAGCUGCGAGGGAGCGAGGCAGAAAAAAAGCGAGAUGAGUCCGUGAGAGCUGACAGGAGCAACUUUGUUAUUGGCCGUGCAGCCGCCGCACUGUGCUCCUCUCUUUUACUCCUGUAUAUACACUGUGUAUGUUUCAGCUAUAUAUGCGUGCGCGUGUAUGCGUAUUGCUCGCUGGCUGCACCUGCGCCUGCGAUUCAAUUUCAGACUCGCCGAGUUCUCACGCUCCUGCACGACUCGAGCCUCCGUCGAACUGGGGACGCUGCUGCUGUGAGAGAGAAAGAGAGACACGUGCUCGCCCGAUAGCUGCACAGCAUCGCGCACAAUAGCUCUCGAAGGAAGAGGACGAGCAGAGGAGAAGUUCUAUGCUCUUUCGGGAGAGCAUCCACGGUCUCGUACUCGAGCGCAGCGGUACAAAAGCAGCUCGAGCACACCAGCCAGUGUCCGCAGCAAUGGCCUUCGAAUGAAAGAGGAAGGUCGUCGCGUAGCCGAUAAAUCGAGGCCUAGAAUAGACCAGCAUAAAGGGCAUAAAGGGAAUAGGAAAAACAAUAAAGCAGCAGCCUCUCGAGCGAUAGCAGCAGCAUCAGUACAGCUAUAAGCGCGCGCAACUGCCAGACUCGCAUACGCUGUACGGAGUAUACGGAGCAUCUAGCAUCGGAUUCGUGAUUAUAGCAGCGACGCGCCAGCGAGCGAGAGAGAAAGAGAGAGAGAGAGAGAGAGCUUGCGGAUCGAUAUAGCAGCUGCAGCGCUCCGAUAUGACAGUGGCACGGCCGCGACGAGCUUGAUCGUCACACAGGCCAACCGACCAGACGGCACAGCAGCAGCAGCAGCAGCAGUGCAGCGCAGUGCAACGUCAACGCCAGAAUAUCCGAGGGCUGCAUGCGUGCGCUGCCAAAGUGCCAAGUUCGUUCUUCGUGCUGUAUAUUAUCCUAGCUUUGUUUGAAUCGUGUGUGCGUGCGUGUGAGUGUGCGCGCGAGUGUCGAGUGAGAAUCGUCGAGUGGUAUAUAGUGUGCACCGAGUCGAUCAUUGGAGCGAUCAGCGCCACAUAAUUAUUGCCGUUGGUGCUCUCUUGGAUUUGGUUGCAAUUAACAACAAGAAAAAACACACACAAAAGCCAUCAUGUGCGCCGACGUAGCUCUGUCGCCUAAUCUAGCGAGAAUUUCAGAUUGUCGAGGGGUUCUAUCCCUGCGGCUGACGGUCGAUCCUCCCCCUGCGAAAAAGUCAAGUCCGACGUCGAUCAACAGCAGUAGCAGCGGUGGCGGCGUUGGCUACCUGAAUCCCGGAUCCCGACAACGUAGCGAUUGCACCGAGACCGGCAGCAUCGGCUACGGCUCCUCGGAGACGUCGUACUCGUCGCAUCCGGGCUAUCCGAGCAGCAAACCGCCCACGCAGCCCACCUCGCCCUGCAGCAAUUAUCAGCCCGUCGUGACGCAACAGAUGCCCCCUCAGCAGCAGCGGCGCCGUCGACAUUAUCACGAUUAUCAGCAGAAAAUAAGCAGUCCAGUUGGCAGUCCGAGCAGUGCUUCUUCUUCUUCGACUCCGAGUUCCGGAGCUUACGUCGACGUAUCAUCCUCGGGCGCCCGACUAGCUGCUGCUGGAGGCGGCUCGACCAGUAGUGGCAGUGUUUUCAGGCAACGCAGUGCGGCCGUGCAAAACCGAAUCACACCACCACCAGCUACGACGCCGGCCUUGGUCUGUGCUCAGCCCUCGGCUUCGUCUUGGAACGAAUCGAUUGCCACCGAAUCCGAGGAAGGCUAUGUGGUUGAUUCCAAGAAAGGAAAUGCAUACUUCAAGGGUCAUCUAUUGGGCAAGGGUGGAUUCGCAAAAGUGUAUCUCAUCACCGACAUCACAACUAGAAAGCAAUACGCGUGCAAAAUCAUACCAAAGCAUCAAAUCGUACAAAAAAUUCAUAAACAAAAGAUCAUUCGCGAGAUCAUGAUUCACAAGCAGCUGAAUCACGUAAACGUCGUGCAAAUGCAUCAUUAUUUCGAGGAUAGUUUGAACGUCUACAUGCUGCUGGAAGCCUGCCCGAAAAAGAGUCUGGUUCACGUGCUUAAGUAUCGAGGAAAAGUGACAGAGCCGGAGGCUCGUUACUACAUGAAACAACUGGUCGACGGCGUCUCGUACAUUCAUUCGCGCAAAAUCAUACACAGGGACCUGAAACCGGGCAACAUGUUCCUGUCCGAGCGCAUGAUCGUUAAGAUUGGCGACUUUGGCUUGGCUACUCAACCCGAUGGACAGCGCCGAGUAACAAUAUGCGGUACACCAAACUUCAUAGCGCCGGAAGUGCUGUUCAAGCAGUCCUACAGUUACGAAGCCGACGUCUGGGCAUUGGGCUGCAACUUGUACACUCUGCUGGUGGGCCAGCCACCCUUCGACUCUGCCACGCUCAAGGAAACGUACUCGCGCAUAUGCAACCAUCGGUACCGCGAGCUCGACGACACGAUAGCCACGAGGGCUGGACAGGAUCUCGUUCGCUGGUUGCUCCAGCCCAAUCCCCAGCUCAGACCGUCGCUCGAGCUCGUCAAGCAGCAUCCGUACCUCAGCCAGGAGUACUCGCCCAGCAGUCUGCCCGACAGCUGCUGCUACACGUCUCCGCGUUUACCCUUCCUCGAGCGACCUUCGAUGAGCAACAGCGCCAAUUUACACUGCAAUGCCAACGGAGAGCAAAAUGGACAAGCUUCGGCCAAAGACGCGAAAAAGAACAAAGGCAGCAGAAAGAAGGUGUCGAGUUGGCUGGCCAGUUGGCGCCUUCCAAAGCUGCCACGCUUUCGACAGCGAAUCAGCAGCGUGUUGUGCCUCGAAGCGCGCAAAAAACAAGCAGUCCUCAACGAGGAGGCGCUUGGAGCUCCCAAUGUCGCAACCUGCGUCUCUCAGAACUAUUUGAUGAGCCGAGCUUUGGAGGAAUGCUUGGCCAAAAAGGCAGUCCGUUGUAACCCGGCGCCGAUUGAGAAUUACUCGCCUCUCUUCGUCACCAAGUGGAUCGACUAUUCCAACAAAUGUGGCCUUGCCUUUCAAUUGUCCGAUAGAUCGGUUGGAGCACUCUUCAAUGAUGGUUCGAAGAUGAGCUACACUUACGAUAGAAGGGGAGUGGAAUAUGUAAAUGUAGAUAACGAAGUAACAAAAUAUAAUCGAGAACACAAUGUUCCUGCACAUUUACAAGAGAAGCUUGAUUUACUGCAUAACUUUACCGAUUAUAUGGAUAAACAUCUUACCGAAGGAGGUAUUGUGUCAGAUAAUCGAGCUGACGGUCAAAGUGCAGCUCGGCGUGCACUGAAGCAUAGCACCGUUCCUCAACUCAAUCGGUGGUUGCGGACCAAUAAAGUAAUCGUGUUAGAACUGAGCCAGCCGCUGCUGCAAAUGAAUUUCCUCGAAGAUCAUCGUAAACUCAUAGUUUCGCAAGAUCCAAACCUCGUAUGCGGAGAUGGCAACUAUCUUGUUACCUAUAUUGAUGGCGAACGUCGCGCUUCUACUUACUGGUUAAAUGAUUUACGGGAUCACGGCUGCUCGGCUGAGCUUCACGAGCGAUUACUUUACGUUUACAAAAUCGUUAAGGAGUAUGCCGAUAUUGAUCUGGAACUUGCAAAAAAUUAGUUUGUUUUAGAAUGAAUUUCGACGCGAAAACCGAACUUCAUGCGAAAAAUGUAAGACUUUAAUAGUUUUUCGAAAAUCAAAUGCCGUAGUGUUUUAUACUGCGGAAUUGUACAUUUUAUGCGAUUGACGAACCGUUCAUGCUACGCUUCGUCACUUGGCUGCUAUUCAUUCUUCAUGGUGAUUAUAUUCAUACCAAAUUUAAAAUGUGUUAGUCUAUUCCAAAGUGUCAUGAGAAUAUUGAUUACUUCAAUGGAACAGUUCAAGAAAAAUUCAGCAUUUAAUACCAUAUAUAUUGAAGAAUGUUGUUAUUUUUCAUUAUUUACACUGUUACGAUGUGCAAGGCUUUUGGAGCCAAUACGAUCUCGAAUUCAUUCAUAUACCAUAGGCAGUCUAAUCGAACGAAAAGAUCUGGAUUUUUUUUCAUUGCGAAAAAUUCGAGAAAAGUAUUUUUUGUAGGUGCAUCAUUAAUAAUUUCUAAAUUCGCUGGGGAUUUUCGCUUUUGUAUAAACUUGUUUAAGUCAUAAUCGAAUAAUCGUGGCUCGUAAAAAUAUAUUCAUAUAAAUAUAUAAGCUCAUACACUUAAUUAAGUUAUGUGCUGCGCAAUAAAUUUAAUUGCGAAUAGAUAUAUUAAGUUUAGCUCUUACUGUGAUUCAUACGCAUUAUAACCGAGUGCCAAUAGGUUAUAUAUAAAUCAUUAAGGCAAAUUAUUUGCUCGUGCUUCCUUUGUUCAUAAGUUUUCGAAAGUCGAUUGCUUACUUUUUAUAAUUUUUGUUAUGUAUAAAGAAUGUUCGAAACAUUAGGAAUUAUUAAUCUUCAGUCCAAAUUUAUAUUUGGCACAAACAAUAGAAGAUAACGGUAACAUUUUUUUAUUUAUAAAUUUAUAAUUUGAUUAUGUUAAUCAUUUAACGAAAAAAUGGUGGUUGCUAUUUUGGGAAAAAUUUGUUAAAAUUAAAAUGUGCGCAAAUGUUAUAAUGAUCAUUGAUUAGGAAUAUGUUUGCUAUUAAAGAUUCCAGGAAAUGCGUAUAUUCCAAAAAUAUUUAUAAUUUUUCGAAGGAUUCUGAGAAGUGAUAAUUCUAUAGUGUAAUUCAUUAUUGCUUAGUAUCUUUCAUUCAGUGAUAUCAAAAAAUAAUUGAUUAACUGUGAACAUUCGUGCGUUGAUAUUUGUCCAAAAAAUUGACUGCUACAAAAAACGUUUGAAUGCAAUUCACCAGGACAACGAUGUUGUAGUAAUGAUUGCUUGAACUCGUUGAAUGAUUAUUAUUGAAAAAAUAUAUUUUAUAAAUAUUACUCAGAAUUAGGUAUGAAUGAUUUUGAAAGAUGAAGGUAAAAAACAAAUAAAUGAGAGAGACAUUGAGCUGCGCAUAUUGCGCACCCUAGUCAAGUGUUUUCUUUAAAGAUAACGAUAGUGUGAAUGUUGAUAUGAGUGAAAAAUAGUGAAUUCAAUUUGUUAAGUCAAAUUAUGGGCAGUAUACACUGCCAUUAGUCUCAAGACUGUAUUUAUUCUUUUCUCUAAAACUGAUGUCUCUUGUGUGCGCUAUAUAAAAAAAAGUUGCAUUACUUUAAGUUUUGCAUUGUCAAGUGGCUAGUGAUUGAUGCCCAAUAAUUAGAAAAAUGUGAUCGAAAUCAGAGUUUAUUUUUUCGUUAAUUGUGCUAUUUCGAGUUGAAAGUUAAUGAAUUCAUUGUCAAUACAGUGUUCAAAUAUUUUGUUCUGCAUAAAAUUUUGAAUUUCACUUGGACUAAUUUUUGUUGUAAAAAAAUUGUGAUGCGUUUACAACGCUGUAAAUGAAUGUUGAUGAAUUUUUGUAUGUAAACAUGUUAUUAACCAGCUAAGCAGAAGCUCAAAUUUAUUCAAUUCCAUAAUUAUUGAGAAUAAAUUAUUUAUUGUUACACGAUUCUUGUUAGAUUUAUGGUUAUUAAAUCAUUAAGUGUUCACAAAUCGCGGAUUCUUGUAUUCCAUAUGAUGAAAUAAAUUAAAGUCAGAUUCAUUGAAUCUUGGUACCAAAAUUAAAUCAUA